CACAGGCUCAGUGUACCAGAUCACAGAAUAUAACGGAAGGAGAGACUACAGGGGAGGAGAGAGAGAGAAUGUGUUGAGUUAGGGAGAGAAUGGGGUGAAUGGGAACGUAAGCAGCUGGAGAUUUUCUUUGACGGCUGCUUUUGGAACCCCAUCACAAGUUUUGGCCUUUCUGGUGAUUUGAAGGUGUAUUUUUCUGGGUUUUCUUUUCUCCUAGACGUUGGGUGAUCAAAGUGUGGAUGUCAGUGUGUCUCCGAUUUGGAGGGUCUGUCGAAACAACGAGUUGCAUCUGCUUCACGGUUAUGGAAGAUGUUUUCAUUUGAGUGCUAGCAAUGAGACCCUGACAAAAUUCUGCAAAGCUUCAUUUGAGGUUUAAUUGGAUGAUAUUGGUUAAAUUUUGAUUCUGGCCUGGAUCCAUUACCUGGAUUUUUAUUCCUGGUAUAAGAACAGACUUUGGCAAGGUCAAAAUCGGUUGCAGUGUUGUUCUUCGCUGCAGUCAUGGCAACCCUGUCACAUUCCGAUUCCAGGCGCCGAUAUUCAUGGUGGUGGGACAGCCACAUCAGUCCAAAGAAUUCAAAAUGGCUUCAGGAAAAUCUUACAGAUAUGGAUGUCAAAGUCAAAGCAAUGAUCAAGCUCAUUGAAGAAGAUGCAGAUUCCUUUGCACGGAGGGCAGAAAUGUACUACAAGAAGCGUCCAGAACUAAUGAAACUGGUUGAGGAGUUUUACCGAGCUUAUAGAGCAUUAGCUGAACGGUAUGAUCAUGCAACGGGGGAGCUACGCCAGGCCCAUCGAACCAUGGCAGAAGCGUUUCCUAACCAAGUACCUUAUGUACUGGCUGAUGACUCACCCUCAGUUUCUACAACCCCUGGGCCCGAGCCACACACACCUGAAAUGCCGCAUCCGAUUCGUGCAUUGUUUGACCCUGAUGACUUGCAGCAGGAUGCACUGGGGCUUUCUUCAUCCAACUUGGCUGUCAAAAUAAAUGGAGCUUGCUCAGAAGAAUCUGAUGCCGGAACAAGUAAAAGGGGUUUAAAACAGUUCAAUGAGAUGUCUGGUUCAGGAGAAAUAGUGCCAAAAAAUUUAAAACUUUCAGAAGGAAGGAUUAAAAAAGGGCUCAGUGUUCAGAUAGAAGAGCAAGCACACAGUUUGCAAGGUGGGCUCUCUCAGUUAUCAAGUGAGAAUCGGACUCUCAAACAGCAAGUUCUUUCUGAAUCUGAGCGUGCAAGUAAAGCUGAAACUGAAAUUAAAACCUUGAAGGAAGCACUGUCAGCAAUGCAAGCUGAAUUGGAAGCUGCUCUUCUUCAUUAUCAGCAGAGUUCACAGAAGUUAUCUAAUCUUGAGAGAGACCUCAAUCAUGCACAAAAGAAUGCCACAGAACUUGAUGAACGAGCAUGCAGAGCUGAAACUGAAGUUAAAUCAUUGAAAGAUGCCCUUGUGGGAUUAGAAGCUGAGAGGGAUGUUGGUAUUCUUCAAUACAAGCAGUGUUUGGAAAGAAUAUCUAGUCUGGAAAAACUAACCUCUGUAGCCCAAGAAAAUGCAAAAGGUCUUAAUGAGCGAGCUAUGAAAGCAGAAAUUGAAGCUCAGAGUCUCAAGCUUGAGCUUUCCAGAUUAGAAGCUGAAAAGGACGCUGGGUUUUUACGAUACAAACAGUGCCUGGAGAGGAUAUCUUCCUUGGAGAACAAAAUCUUACUUGCUGAGGAGGAUGCUAAAAGUCUUAAAGCACGGAGUGAAAGAGCUGAUGGUAAAGUUGAAGCACUUAGGCAAGCUCUUGCUAAAUUAACGGAAGAGAAAGAAGCUUCAGUUCUCAAGUACGAGCAGUGCUUGGAGAAAAUAGCUAAGCUGGAGGGUGAAAUCCAACGUGCCCAAGAGGAUGCCAAACGACUCAACUUUGAGAUUCUUAUGGGGGCAGCAAAACUAAAGAGUGCUGAAGAACAGCGAGUUCAGUUGGAGACAUCAAAUCAAUCUCUGCAGUUAGAAGCGGACAAGCUGGUGCAGAAAAUAGCAAUGAAAGAUCAAGAACUUUCAAAGAGGCAUGAGGAAUUGGAGAAACUUCAGAUCCAUAUGCAGGAUGAGCACUUGCGAUUUGUUCAAGGAGCCACUCUCCAGAACUUGCAGAAUUUGCACUCUCAAUCGCAGGAGGAGCAGAAAGCUCUAGCUUUGGAGCUGGAAACUGGGCUUCAAAGGUUUCAACAGGUGGAAAAGUCCAAACUUGAUUUGCAGGAAGAAAUUAAGAGGGUCAAGGAAGAAAACCAGAGCUUGAAUGAACUGAAUUUAUCCUCCACCAGUUCAAUGAGGAAUCUGCAAAACGAAAUAUUUAGCUUGAGGGAGAUGAAAGAAAAACUUGAAGGUGAGGUUUCGCUGCAAGUGGACCAAAGUGAUGCCCUCCAGCAAGAGAUUUACCAUCUGAAAGAGGAAAUCAAGGGAUUGAAUAGGAGAUACCAGGCUUUGAUGACGCAAGUGGAGUCAGUAGGUUUAAAUCCAGAAUGCCUUGGGUCGUCUCUGAGGGAACUGCAGGACGAGAACUUGAAGCUGAAAGAAUUCUGCAAGAAGGAUAAAGAUGAGAAAGAAGCUCUUUUGGAGAAGUUGAAAAAUACGGAGAAACUUUUGGAUGACCAUGAUACGAUAAAGCGCUCCUUGUCAGAUGUGAAUGGUGAGUUGGAAGGGUUGAGAGAGAAGCUUAAGGCAUUUCAGGAGUCCUGUGAGCUUCUUCAGGGAGAAAAAUCCACUCUCCUUGUUGAGAAAGCCACCCUGUUUUCUCAGAUACAAAUAAUUACCGAGAACAUGCACAAGCUCUUAGAGAAAAAUGCCGUGCUGGAGAAUUCCCUUUCUGCUGCAAAUGUCGAACUUGAAGGUUUGAGGGUGAAAUCAAAGAGCUUGGAAGAAUUCUGCCAGUUUCUCAAAGACGAAAAGUCCAACCUUCUCACUGAGAGAGGCCUCCUGGUAUCUCAGUUGAAAAGUGUUGAACAGAGGCUAGAAAAACUGGAAAAAAGGUUUACAGAUUUGGAAGAAAACUAUGCUGGCUUACAAAAGGAGAAAGCAUCCACACUUUGCCAAGUUGAAGAAUUGCGUGUUUCCCUUGGUGUAGAAAGACAAGAGCAUGCAAGUUUUAUGUUCUCCAGCGAGGCCCGACUGGCAUCUCUGGAAAACCAUAUUUAUCACCUGCAGGAAGAAAGUAGGUGGAGGAAGAAAGAAUUUGAAGAAGAAUUAGAUAAAGCCUUGAAUGCUCAAGUUGAGAUCCUUGUCUUGCAGAAAUUUAUACAAGAUAUGGAAGAAAAGAACUACUCUCUAUUGAUUGAGUGUCAGAAACACAUUGAGGCAUCCAGAUUGUCAGAGAGACUGAUUUCAGAGUUGGAGACUGAAAAUCUUGAACAACAGGUGGAAGCAGAAUUCCUGUUAGAUGAAAUUGAAAAGCUAAGAAGGGGGAUCUGUCAAGUGUUCAAGGCUCUUCAGAUUAAUUUAGAUAAUGUGCAGGAAGAGAAGAUUGAACAAGAGCAAAUACUUCUGCGGCAUAUUAUAGGGAAUAUGGAGGACAUGAAAAGUUCUCUCCUGAAAAGCGAGGAUGAGAAGCAGCAACUACAGGUUGAGAACUCCGUUCUUUUAACUGUACUUCAGCAACUGAGAGUAGAUGGUGCAGAAGUUGAGUUAGAGAAUAAAACACUUGAUCAGGAAUUGAAGAUCACAGCACAGCAGCUUUUGGUGCUGCAAAACGAGAAACAUGAGCUUCUAGAGAUGAACCGGCAGUUGGGGCUAGAAGUGAGCAAGAGAGACCACCUGGAGGGAGUAAAGUGUGAUGUGGAGAGUUUAUGCAAGAAGCUGGUAGACUUUCAGAGAGCCAACGUAGAAUUGAAGGAAGAAAAUUCGAAGGAGAUUGAAGAAAAUAGAUAUCUGUCAAAAAAAUUAUCAGAUGUGAAGGAGGAGAAGUGCAUGUUGGAAGAGGAAAACAGUGCUAUUCUCCAUGAAACUGUUGCCCUCAGUAACCUGUCUUUGGUUUUGAACAACUUCUGGUCUGAGAAGGUAGGGGAACUAAAAGCACUUGCUGAAGAUUUUGGCAAUCUCCAUGGGGUUAACAGUGACCUUGGGGAGGAGGUGGGAAUUUUGACAGAGAAAUUGGGACUGCAAGAAACUGAAAAUUUACAUCUGAAAGGGCUUGUUGAGAAGUUGGACAAGGAGCUGCUUGAAGUUACAAAUUUAAGUGAUCAGUUGAACAAUCAACUUUCAGUUGGAAAAGAUUUGCUAAGCCAGAAGGAAAAGGAUCUUUCAGAAGCAAAACAGAAGCUCAAAGCUGCACAGGACUUGACUGCAGAAUUAUUUGGCACUGUUGAGGAAUUGAAGAGGGAAUGUGAAAAAUCAGCAGUUCUAAGAGAAAAUUCAGAGAAGCAGAUUCUUGAACUAUCUGAAGAAAACACAAGUCAGAACAGGGAAAUUGAAUGUCUUCGCAAGAUGAAUGGGAACUUGGAGUCUGAAUUGGAUAUGUUACAUGAAGAAAUUGAAGAAUAUAGAAUCAGAGGAGAGAAGUUGAAUUCAGAGCUUCAAGAAAGAAGCAAUGACUUUGAACUAUGGGAGGCUGAAGCUACAACAUUCUACUUUGAUCUUCAGGCUUCCUCUUUCCGUGAAGUUCUGUUUGAAAAUAAGGUGCAUGAGCUUACUGGAGUGUGUGAGAAUCUUGAGGAUGAAAGUGCUUCAAAAAGUAUCAAGAUUCAACAGAUGAGAGAAAGGGUUAGCUUCUUGGAAAGUGAAAUUGGAGGACUGAAAGUCCAGUUGUCUGCAUAUGGUCCUAUCAUAGUUUCUCUGAGAGAUAACAUAGCAUCCCUUGAGCACAAUGCCCUCUUCCGAACAAAGCUUCAAGUAGCUGACAAUCAGAAACCUAAGGGUAUGGAAAUGGUUCAUGAAAAGAGCUCUCAAGAGCUGAGAGAAGAUCAAGGCAAUCCGAUACCUGAUGGAAUUUCAGAUUUGCAGGAGAUACAGACCAGAAUUAAAGCUGUUGAAAAGGCAGUGGUCCAAGAAAUGGAGAGGCUUGCAAUGCAGGAAAGCUUAAACACAGACAUUGAACUAGAAGAGAUUGAAGAGUUGAAGUCUAAAAGCACUUCACAUCAAGCAAAAGAUAUCCAAAAGGAAGAGGGGAAAUUUAUGCAUGAGCGGCUCAGUGAUGAUCACAUGGUACAGAGGGCUAAGCCAGAAAUUUCUGAAGUGAGGCAUGGAAUUCUGAUGAAAGAUAUUCCCCUUGAUCAAGUCUCAGAUUGUUCCUUAUAUGGAAAAAGCAGGAGAGUAAAUGGUGGUUCCAAUGAUCAGAUGCUUGAGUUAUGGGAAACUGCUGAGCACAGCACUGGCUCCAAUCCAAUGGUCAAUAAGGCACAAAAGCAAGCAUCUGCUUUGAUGGAGGAUGGCGUUACUCACCAUCAUUUUGAGGAUGUGAAGCAGAAGAGUGCACGGCCAUCUUCAGAACUGCAGGUUGAGAAAGAACUGGGUAUUGACAGGCUAGAAGUAUCCACAAGUAGCAUGCAGCCAAAUCAAGAUGGGAACAAGAGAAAAAUCUUGGAGAGACUUGCUUCUGAUGCUGAGAAAUUGAUGAGUCUUCAGAUGGCAGUGCAGGAUUUGCAAAGGAAGAUGGCAACCACAAAGAAGAGCAAAAGGGCUAAGUCUCUUGAAUACGGAACACUGAAGGAACAGCUGCAGGAAGUUGAGGAAGCUGUAGCGCAGCUGGUGGAUAUCAAUUGCCAACUGACAAGGAAUAUGGAUGAGAGUGCAUCAUCCUCAGAUGGAAUGGCUUCGCCAGAGCUGCAGGAGGCUGGAAAUGUCCAGAGAAAGAAAGUAACAGAACAGGCACGAAGAGGGUCUGAAAAGAUAGGAAGGCUGCAGUUGGAAGUGCAGAAAAUCCAGUAUGUGUUGUUGAAACUGGACGAUGAAAAGAAAAGCAGCAGGAAAUACAGAUUUUUGGCUGGUAGGACAAGCAUUCUUCUGAAGGACUUCAUUUAUACUGGCAGGAGAAGAACCGAAAGGCGAAAGAAGGCAUGUUCAUGCGGCUGUUGGAGACCUUACAAUAAUGUGGACUGAGGUAACGACAUAAAGAAAAGUAUGGCGUUCUAUCAGCUGCAAGUUUCCGUUCCUCGAAAUGUCCCGUAUAUUAUGUGUUAAGAAAGCAUUUCCUGGAUCAGAUAGAAGCCGCUGUUGUUUUCUUAUUUUUAGCUUAGAGGACUGUAAACAUUAGACAGAUGUAAUUAAAAUAAGUGCUCCCUUGAGCUUUUCUUUGUCUUAAAAUGUCACAUUAACCAUGGUAAUGGGCAACAUUAGAUAACAAACUGGA